UCCCAAUUCAACCCCUGGUUCUAUUUUGUUUCAUGCAACCAGUUUGUCCACAAGAUUCUGGUAUGGGGAGAAACAGUGGAAUAAUAAAACAGAAUGCGGGAGAAUCAGUCAGCCAUUCUGUAACCUCACACAUGUGACAAAGCACUUUAUGGAGCCACACUUUGCAAGAGUUCAAGCGCUUACAACAAAUGGUCACUCAAACUGGGUGCAUAGUAAAAGGCUUAUUCCCUUCUGGGGCACAGCCAUUGGUCCCCCAAAGAUUAAACUCACAUCCAGGUCAAGAUCAAUGCGGGUGGAAUUGUUUGCUCCACAAACACCAUUCAGAUGGAAAAAUGGCUCCUGGAUUACCUUGAAUAAAGUAUAUAUCGACUUGGAAUACCAAAUAGACAUUACAGGAAAUCCUGUAGAUCAUAGACCUGAAUCGUGCAGAGCAACAAGUACAACAAUAUCUAUCCAGGAUCUAAAACCCAGAACAACUUACUGCAUGCAUGCUCAAAUACAGACACCUUUAUUUCAUAAAAUUAGUGAAUAUAGUAGAGAGGGAUGUGCAACAACGUUUGAUGAUGUCGAAUGAUAAUAUGAGUUGAAACAGGAAGAUUACUUUAAAGUGAAUUGUCUUAAUGUGCUUUAUACAACAUACAAUCAAAUGAACAAGAGAACAAAUCAACUGAAAAACUGCUUACAAAUGUCUAGUGGUUACUGAGAAAGGACUGGCAAAAGACAAACAUUGCCAACAGUUAGAAACAUAAAUUUAAAGUUAAUUAAAUUCAAUUUUUUUUCCAAAAAGUGCAAUCAUUUUUUGACUAAGUAUUUGUCUUGAAGCCAUAUUUAAAGAUGAUUAUUUUGGCUGUGUGCUGCUAAUCUACUGUA